AUGGCUUCAAUCGCUGCGCAACUCCAUGACGUCCUUGCGAUUCCCAUGUUCAUCGUGUACAGCUUAAAGAUCGAUCCUCUCACCAUCCUCCUAGCCCUCACCAUGCUUGCUUACAUAUUUUGGUGCAAGGCCACGGGUUUCACCGCUCGCCGCUACGUCGAAGAGAUCGCUCCCAAGUACGGCACCUCGGCUGAAACUCUCCGUAUCAUCCUUGGGAUGGCUGACACGUUUGACCUGUGGACGAACAAGGCGAGUCGUGCUUGCAUGCGUCGACGACGACGACUCACAUGCAUCGGUGCACAGGCCACUAAACUUGUGGAAUCGGGCUCGUAUCUUCUGUUCAUCUUCGACCAGGACCGGCAGGUCCACCUUGCGAAGCAAAUCGAACGCGUUUCAGCGCUCGAACACGAUAACGCGGAACUCAGAGAGGACAACCUUGCACUCGACCAGGAGAACACCACGCUCCGUGACGACAACACUGCGCUCGAGCGGGACAACGCCGGGCUUAGCGACAAUAACGCCGUACUUAUGCAGGACAACAUGACCCUCACCGGGGACAACGCCGCGCUCAGACAUAACAACGUUGGGCUCGCAACCGAGAACGCCGCGCUCAGAGUCGCUAUCGCGAGGCUCGAGAAGGAAAAUGCCACUUGCCGCACUACAUCGGCCGCGCAAGACCUCCACCCCGCACGCGAGCGAAAGGUCAUCGAACUAGAGCAGGAGGUCGUAGAAGUCAACAGGACGACUACAGCAGAGAGGUCUAAACAUGCCGGUGAUCAAGCUGUCUUCAUCGAGCGGGUAAGCACCCUCACGAUUGUACGAGACGAGCUCUUGGAGGCCCAGGACAAGCUCGCCGCUGAGCUCGAGAGCACGCGGGCGCCCGUCACCCCCGCGGCUCGUGCUUCCGACGGGUGUGGCUCUGCCACCGAGGACGCGCUGCGGGCCAAGGUUGCGGACCUCAAGCAGGAGGUCGAGCGUCUCAGGGAGCAACGCGAGGUCCAUCUUGCGGACGACUCCGCUCGCACCAUCAAACAUCGCGCUGGCCUCGCCAAGGUGACUGCUGAGCGGGACGCGGCGGUCGUGGAAAAAGGCGCAACCGAAAGGGCCCUUGUUAGCAUGACCGCCGAGAGAGACGUCGCCGUCGCCGAGAAGCUCGAGGCGGCCGCGCAACGCGACUUCGCUGUGACCCAGCUCGCUGCCAUCAAUGACAUGUUGGCUCAGAACGCCUCGGCUACUAGGGACGCUGCAGAGCAUGAGAAGUGUUCCGCCAUCGCUCAGCGGGACGAGGAGCAGCGUGUGGUCGCUAGCGGGAAGAUCGAAAGAGAUGCCCCUGUAGCCGAGACGCAUAUGACGAACGCCGAGCUGGAUGCUGCCGUCGCUGCGUGCGCCACGUUUGAACGCGCUCUUGUUGCGAUGACAUUGGAGAGAGAUGCGGCGGUCGCAGAGAAGGAGGCUGCUAUCGCUCGGUCAAGGACGCGAAUCCCCUCUUCAGCGGCGAAGGAGAGGAAGAUUGCGGCAGCACACAAGGUCUUGGAGGCGAAGUGCAAGGAGCUGACGAAGGUCAGUGAGAUGUUGACCUCUGAGAACAAGAUCCUCAAGGAAGAAAUGGCCACGCCCCGGACAAGCUGCGACAAGUUCAAGACGUUCCAUAGCCAGAUCCAUCGGGUGAAGACCCUCCAGCUGGAGAGGGAGGAAUACAAGGAUGCUCACAAUCUCCAACUUUACGAGUCGGCCGCUAACAAGGACGCGCUUAAAGAAGCUCGGACCGCUCCACAGAACUACUCACGGAAGCUCGCUGAGAAGGACACCCUCGUCGACCUAAUGGGUAAAGCCAUCCAAAUACAGUUGACACUUCAACCCACGGUUUUAGCCGAGCACUCGGACGACGUCCUGAACAUGCAGCAACGUACUCCACCUGCGAGUCCUGACCGCGACCCUAAUUCCGGCGGAGAACAUUGCUCUAGGAAGCAGGGAAAGACGCCUAGCAACAGGCUCUUGUCGUCGACCUCGAUUUGCCUCACGAUACUAGUGAUGCCCGAGUUCAUAUUUCGCCCUACGGGGAGCGAGGAACAGCACACCCUAACCUCCGUCAUAUAA